CACCGGAAGCGCCGCGCAGGGGAAAGAAAAAUGGCGAAUCUCGUGGAGGCAACAACCCAGCAGCAGUUUGAAGAUUUCUUAGCCAAAGCUGGAAAAUGCCUGACCGUGGUGCACUUCCAGGCGGCAUGGGCUCCUCAGUGCGGCCAGAUGAACGAAGUGAUGGCCGAGCUGGCCAAGGAGCACACACACACCACGUUUGUGAAGCUGGAGGCGGAAGCGGUGCCGGAGGUGUCGGAGAAGUAUGAAAUCUCCUCUGUCCCCACUUUCGUUUUCUUCAAGGGAGGGGAGAAGGUGGACCGCCUGGACGGGGCCCAUGCUCCGGAUCUGAACAAGAAGGUACAGCGCUUGGCAGUGGCCGCGAGUCCGGGUGGAGCUGCGGAAAGUAGCACCACAGACCCGAACCAGCGGCUAAAGAAGCUGAUCAACGCGGCGCCCUGUAUGCUCUUCAUGAAAGGGUCCUCACAGGAGCCCCGCUGCGGCUUCAGCCGGCAGAUAGUGGCCCUGCUGAAGGAGCACAGCAUCCAGUUCAGCAGCUUCGACAUCCUGUCCGACGAGGAGGUCCGACAGGGCCUGAAGACCUACUCCAACUGGCCCACGUACCCUCAGCUGUAUGUGAAUGGAGAGCUGGUGGGAGGGCUGGACAUAGUGAAGGAGCUGGCUGAGUCUGGGGAGCUGGAGAACACCUGCCCCAAGGCUGUCACCUUGGAGCACCGGCUGAAGACCACCAUCAACAAGAACCCAGUCAUGCUGUUCAUGAAGGGCAACAAGGAGGCCGCACGGUGUGGCUUCAGCAGGCAGAUACUGGAGAUUUUGAACGGCACCGGGGUGGAUUAUGACACCUUUGACAUUCUGCAGGACGAAGAGGUGCGUCAGGGUCUAAAGACUUAUUCUAACUGGCCAACCUACCCCCAGCUCUACGUGAAGGGAGAGCUGAUCGGAGGUUUGGACAUAGUCAAGGAGCUGAAGGAGAGUGGAGACCUGGCAUCGGUGCUGAAGGGGGAAUCGUAGGUGGAUUUGCCAAGGCAUCAGAGAAGAGGAACAACAAGCUACGUGCCCAGAUCGGCCGAUUCUGUCACUGAUAAAACACUACAGAAGUGCCAUGAAGUGACAGAAACAAUAUAUGAAAAGAAAUUAGAGUUAAUAAUAGAAUUACACUCCUUUAACCUAACUAUUGUUGCAUUUGGGAGAGUUCAUGUUCUGUUUGAAGUCAAAAAUGAAACUGCAGUUAACAAUGGGAAUUGAGAGGGUUUUCAUUCAAAAUUUUCCAUAGAGUGUUACUGGAAAGUUUUGCUUUGAGUAAUUCUUGAAAAUACAUCUUCAGAAAUGUUUAAAGUGAAAGUCAAGUGAUCCCCCUUUUUUUGGCCUAAUUUUAAACACCUCCUACUUGCCGUCUGACACUGGGAAAAUACUGGGAAUACAGUAGCUGCCUUUAGUUCAUGUUAUCUGGUGUGUGCAUUUCCGGCUUACAUCUGUCUUUCCAGUAUUCACAGCCUUUUACUUAACAGCGGGUUUAUAUUUAGUUAACCAUUAUUCGCCCGCCGUGUAGCUGACUCUUCAUGCCGUCCUGUCCAGCUCCUGUCCACUCAUUCUUCACCUGAAAGACAGAAAAACUGGCUUUUACCUUAUCCAAGAAUCACUCUGGUUUAAAUACUUAGAAUAAAUUUGGCGUGGCACUUGUUGAUUUGUUUGUUCAUUGAUAACAUUAUCAUUAAACAAUUUAAAAAAGCAGAA